AUGCGCAAGACCCUGCGUGACCUGCUUCGUGACAUUAGACCGGUCAUGAAGAAGGCGAGCAUCCGGCGUGAACGAGUCAUCAAGGAAUGGUCGGGCCAAAUAUGUCUCACCUGCAGCCAAAUCCAGUGGACGGCGGAUGUCACACGUGCGCUGGUUAUGGUAGCUCAACGGCACGACAAAAAGCCACUGCGAAAUAUGCGCAAGAAGCAGCGGGCCAUUUUGAAGCGUUUUACAGAAACCAUCCGCUCAAACCUCACUAAGAUGCAACGUCUGAAGAUGAAUGGCCUCGUGGUCAUUGAAGUCCACCAGAGGGACAUCAUUGAGAGGUUGUACAAAGUUGGCUGCAACGACACGACUGCCUUCGAGUGGUUGGCACAACUACGCUUCUACUGGGAGAAAGUGAACAGAUGCUACAUCACCCUGACAACCGCACUUAGCCUCAAUCGCGGUGGCUCCCCUAAGGGCCCGGCUGGUACCGGUAAGACGGAGACCACAAAGGACCUGGGCAAGUCACUUGGAGGCUAUGUCAUUGUCAUCAACUGUUCCGACGGCCUUGACUACAAGUCCAUGGGACGUAUGUUCUCUGGCCUCGCCCAGACCGGAGCCUGGGGCUGCUUCGAUGAGUUCAAUCGGUGA